GUAGAAGUGGAGCGGCCGCAGCGGUAGCAGCAACAGCGGCGGCGCAGGAGCUGAGGCGCAGUGGGUGCUGUGCAGCGGCUGCGCCGGGGCCUGGGACCGAGCUGCACGCUGCUGCGCGCGGCAUGCCCCGCCGCUCCGGCUGAGCUGCCCCGGCGGCUGCUCCGCGUCCCCCGUCCCUCGCGUGGCUCUGCGCCCCCGGCGCCACCGCGACCUGCUGCGCUCGCGGCCCGUCUUUGCCCCGGUCUGGAGGCCCGAGCCCGCGGCCCCGGCCGAGCCGCCGCCCCCGCGCGCGCCGCGCCGCCCCGCCGCCCGUGGGGACCUGCAGCCGCGCCCCGCCGCGCGCCCGCCGCCCCUCGUGCCCCGGGGGCGCCGCGCGGGCGCCGCGCCGGCUCGGGCUCUGCCGCCGCCGCCUCCUCGCCUGCGGCCGCCGCCGCCGCUAGUCGCGCAGACGCGGGCUUGGGCUGGCCGGCGCGCGCGCGCGGGGUCCGCGGGGGGCGGCGGCGUCCCCUCACCCGGCUCCUCCUGCGGCGCGGCGGGCUGUGCGGACAUGGCCGCGGCUGUAGCGGUGGCGGCCGCCUCUCGGCGCCAGUCGUGCUAUCUGUGUGACCUGCCCCGCAUGCCUUGGGCCAUGAUCUGGGACUUCACGGAGCCCGUGUGCCGCGGCUGCGUCAACUACGAGGGCGCCGACCGCGUGGAGUUCGUCAUCGAGACGGCGCGCCAGCUGAAGCGUGCUCACGGCUGCUUCCAGGAGGGUCGCUCCCCGACCGGCGCACAGCCCGCAUCCGCUAAGCCACCGCCACUGUCGGCCAAGGACCUCCUGCUGCAGCCGCCGCCGCAGCUGGGCCACGCGGGCGCAGAGGCCGCGCGCGCUCAGGCCAUGGAGCGCUACCCGCUGGCGCCGGAUCGUGCCCCGCGCCUGGCCUCGGAGUUCAGCACGCGUGCGGGUGCAGGCCUCCCACAGUCUGCCGCGUCGCAGCCCUCGCCGGCGAACGGCAUCCUGGUGCCCAACGGCUUCUCCAAGCUGGAGGAGCCGCCCGAGCUGAAUCGCCAGAGCCCGAACCCUCGGCGUGCACACGCCGUUCCGCCCACCCUGGUGCCUCUGGUGAAUGGCUCCGCCGCUCUGGGGCUGAGCGGCCGUGCUGCGGCCACACUGGCCGCGGUGAGUGGAACACCGGGCCUGGGAGCUCAGCCUGCGGAGUUGGGCACCCACAAACGCCCGGCGUCUGUGUCGAGCGCGGCGGCUGAGCACGAGGCGCGCGAGCAGAGCAAGGAGAAAGCGCAGCCCGCGCACCGGAGCCCGGCCGACAGCUUAUCCGGCACGACUGGGGCGAGCGAGCUGAGCGCCGAGAGUGCAGGCAAAGGCCGCGCGCCCGGGGAGCAGGACUGGGCCAGCAGGCCUAAGACGGUGCGGGACACGCUCCUGGCGCUGCACCACCAGCACGGCCACUCGGGGCCCUUCGAGAGCAAGUUCAAGAAAGAGCCAGCCCUGACUGCAGCAGGCAGGUUGUUGGGUUUCGAGGCCAACGGGGCCAACGGGUCUAAAGCAGUUGCAAGGACAGCAAGGAAAAGGAAGCCUUCUCCAGAACCGGAAGGGGAAGUUGGGCCCCCUAAGAUCAAUGGAGAGGCACAGCCUUGGCUGUCCACUUCCACAGAAGGGCUCAAGAUCCCCAUCACCCCUACAUCCUCUUUUGUGUCUCCACCACCCCCUACUGCCUCUCCUCAUUCCAACCGGACCACACCACCUGAAGCGGCCCAGAACGGCCAGUCCCCAAUGGCAGCCCUGAUUUUAGUAGCAGACAAUGCCGGGGGCAGUCACGCCUCGAAAGAUACCACCCAGGUUCACUCCACCACCCGGAGGAACAGCAGCAGCCCGCCCUCUCCCUCCUCAAUGAACCAAAGAAGGCUUGGCCCCAGAGAGGUGGGGGGCCAGGCCACCGGCAGCACUGGAGGACUGGAGCCGGUGCACCCCGCCAGCCUCCCAGACUCCUCUCUCGCAGCCAGCGCCCCCCUGUGCUGCACCCUCUGCCACGAGCGGCUGGAGGAUACCCACUUUGUGCAGUGCCCAUCCGUACCUUCGCACAAGUUCUGUUUCCCUUGCUCCAGACAAAGCAUUAAACAGCAGGGCGCUAGCGGAGAGGUCUAUUGUCCAAGCGGGGAGAAGUGUCCUCUGGUGGGCUCCAACGUUCCCUGGGCCUUCAUGCAAGGAGAGAUUGCUACUAUCCUCGCCGGAGAUGUGAAAGUGAAGAAGGAGAGAGACUCGUGACUUUCCGUGCUCAGAAAAGCCCACGCUUACCUUUAACUCAAACUUGUUGAACUGUAUAUAGAUCUCCAUACAUACAUAAAUAUAUAUAUAUAAAUAUAUAUAUCCAAGACAAGGGAAAUGUAGACUUCAUAAACAUGGCUGUAUAAUUUUGAUUUUUUUGAAUACAUUGUGUUUCUAUAUUUUUUUUUUUUGACGACAAAAGGUAUGUACUUUAAGGCAUUUUCUUCUUUUGUUAACGUUGUUAGGCUGUCUGUGCUUGACUCUUCGGGUGACAGUUGCUGUUUUGUGGAGGCUGCUACUUGGCUGCUUUUAUUUUUUUGUUUUGUUAUUUUUCUGUUUUUGGUUUUUUGUUUUUGUUUUUUUUUUUUUUGUUAAGAGCACUUGGCAAACAAAUGCUUCUAGCCGUAUCUGUAUGCACUUAUUUUAAAAAAAAGAAAAAAAGCCAAAUACAUUUUUUUCUGACAUUGUAAGACUGCCUUACCGUCUGUCAUUUCUCCUCGGCGCUGGCCUCUCUCAGGCUGGAGGCCAGUCGGUGGAGGAGAAAGGAAGUGAGAGGAAGAGGACACCUGUCAGAAGGGCAUGGCCCCCGGGAAAUGUCACCCACCCAGCAGGGCCCUCUCAGAGGGAGGGAGAAAUGGGGUUUGAGUCUUGUCAACGGUUCAGCUCUUGCAAUAUUGGUGGUCAGAGGUGCUGCUGGAAGGUUUGCAACAUUGUGUGUUUGGGGUUUGGUUUUUUAAUCAAAGGCAAGCCAGCCGGUGGCUGUUGGCUCUGCCCACGUGACCGGUUGUAAGCUUUCAGUGCGGUGUGCUCCUCCUUGGUUGCCCCCACGGGUAGUUCCAGCUGUAGAAGUAGUUGUGAGGGUGAUGUGGAAAUCGCUCGGCAAUGCCGCUUCCUCCAGCACAGCCCGGCUCUGCAGUGCCGCCAUUGGCCUUCCUGAAAAAUUCUGGGGCUCCUUAACUAUCGCAGGCCGGGCGGACCCGUGGGAUCGGACUCCUGUCUGUUGCGUGUUUUCUUCUGUCUAGUUCUUGCCUGCGUGUUGUCCUCGUUGUGACGAGUGCAUACUUAACUGCUGUGUAUACGUUGACAGUUACAGCCCUGGGUGCUGCCGCGGGGAAGGACCCGUGUGGGCAUGUCAGUGGUGGGGCCCAGAGUGGGUAGAGGAAGCCUGCAGUUUUCCCUUAGGUGUGUCUGAAAUAGCUAAGAGAAUAACUGUCUUGGAAAAGAGAGAGAGAGAGAGGAGAGAGAACCCAGUAAGAGCUACAUACAUGAAGGGUUUUUACAUAAGCAAGCCCCACCUCUUAACUAUUUUUAGAAGCCUCGUGUAAACUAGUUUCAUUUGGUCACUGUUUUGCCUUAGUGAAGUGAUGUUUUUUUAAUGUAAACAACAACAGAUCCUUAGCUAUCAGUAGUGGUGCCCUUAAGUAAUGCUGGUUUUUGUGGGUUUUUUUUUUUCUUUCCCUCCUUCCGUGCAGUUUUGAUUUAAUGUCAGCAGGAACACUAACCCCCCAAACCCUGAUGUGUGCAGGUGUUUGCAACUUGGCCUUGUAGGCUCAAUCAUGACUUCUACGUCUACGGUUCGUGUGUGGUUCACAGCCUGGCUUCUAUUUUAAUUUGAAAAUAGAGAUUAUCACCAACUUGACAUUUUUUUUUUAGUUACUUUGUUUUUGGGUUUCUUUUUUUUUUUUUUUUUUACAUUUUUUUGUUUUUAACUUUUUUUUUUUUUCAAAGAUGGUUCCUUCAGUAGUCAAGUUACGCACACUUGACACUGCACCAAAUACAGUGUUUCUUGUCGGGUUUUUCUUGAGUGCACCUCCAUCCUCCAGGUUUCUUGUUACCAGUCGUGCUGUUACAGACAGGCUUGCAGGAUAGACCGGUUGGUCCUUACUGUGACUCAGGUCCGACUGGUCUCUCUGUGGCAGAGUCCGUUCCACCUGCCCGUAAAGACAUUUGUGAAGGGCCCAACUGUUAUGGUCUAUACUAUAAAAUGUUUCUCAGCACUUUUAUUAUAAACUGGAAUUUGGCCUCGUAGAUGGUUACAGCUAGAUUAGUCAUUUGACCUAAUUUGCCGUGGCUGUCUGUAAUCUCAACACAGAUAAGGUCUCCAAAAAGAAGAAAUAAAAAAAGAAUCACCCCGCAGAAUGGGAGAAGUCUGUCCAGCUGCAGAAACGGCCACCUGUGGUUUCUCUGCUAGUAGCAAGGAGGCCAGCCUGACCUGUUCUGUAAGGGCUGUAGUUGUAGGUUAAGGGUGGGCUUCAGAAGGCUUGCUGCUAAAGCGUUGUCCUGGAGGGGGUGAGGGUGGGGGGGGGUCUUUCUCUGGCCUACUCUGAAACCACCGUUCACACGGGAAACCUGGGUUAGUCUUUUGUCCUCAGUGACACAGAGGAUGUAGUCCACAGCUAGGUAGAAAUGUCAGGUUCCCAACACUACUCCAGCUGUGACUUUGAUGCUUGGGGGAUGGGGUCGUCAGGCUAUUUUCUCUGCUUUAACAGUUCAUAGAAUUUAACAGAUAAGAGUUAGUGUCUUUCAUGUGGCCUCACUCUGGAGUUAUGAGAACAUACACACGGUUUACAGCUUUUCAAUAUACCUUUCCCUGGCCAUCAAGUAUUUUGAAAGUGUGCCACCUUUUAACCUUUGCGCUUUAUUUUUUUUUUCUUUUUUUAAAGUUGAAGGUGAUAAUUUUUCUAUAUAUGAUGAAACUCAAUGUCUACUGAAAUAAGUGUAACCUUAGCUAUCCACGUUAUAUUUUAAAACCACGCUAUGGAGAUAUUACCCGAGUUCUGUCAUUUCGUCAGAUUUACAGUACCUUCCCCCCCCCCCUUUUAGCAUUAAAUAAAAAUAAAAUUGGGA